CUCCGAUUAACCGCUGCCUGCUUUGACAGCGAGAACGUCAGUACUCAGCGGGAGGCGCGGACAGCGAGGCUGUGGAUGUAUGUGCAUUGUAUAGAAUUGGAUUUGUAUAGUUUCCCGAACCAACACAGAACGAAGCUUUAAAGAUGCAGAUACUGUCGCUGCUUGUAUUGUUAGCAGUGUCCAUUGAUGGCACAAAUUCUGCACGUAUCCUGGGUUUGUUCCCUUACCCUGGCAAAAGUCAUUUCAUCAUGUUUGAAGCAUUAAUGAAAGGACUUGCAUUUAGAGGACAUGAAGUUAUUGUGUACAGUCAUUUCCCACAGAAAACACCAAUACCAAACUACAUAGACAUCAGUCUGGUUGGGUCUGUUCCAACAGUAGUUGAUGCAAUUAAAUUAGAAGAUUCAUUUGGCUCAGGUUUUUCAACAGUUUUCAAGCUGAAAGAAAUGGCAAUAACAAACUGUGAAAACGUUUUAGCAUUUCCACCAGUACAAAAGCUUAUAAACUCAAAGGAGAAUUUUGAUUUAAUUUUCACAGAAGCAUUUAAUACAGAUUGCAUGUUACCAUUCGUUUACAAAUUUCAGGCACCACACAUUGCUCUCUGCUCACAUAUACCUAUGCCUUGGCUUGGUGACCGUUUUGGAAAUCCAGAUAACCCUUCUUACAUACCAAGCCAUUUUCUGCCCCACAGUGAUCAGAUGGACCUCCCUGAGCGUUUCAAGAAUACAGUAUACUCUGAACUGCAGAAGUGGUACUAUUACAGAUACAUGGAACAACCUACACAUGCAAUAGCUACUAAAUACUUUGGGGAAUCACUUCCACCUUUGCAUGAAAUUGCAAAAAAUACUAGCCUCCUUAUUAUCAACACAAGUCCUGUCCUUAACCUUCCUAGGCCUCAGGUACCAGCUAUCAUUGAAGUUGGAGGGAUACAUAUCCGACCGGCCAAGAAAUUGCCAAAGGACAUAGAGCGAUUCAUUAUUGAAGCAAAGCAUGGUGUCAUCUAUUUUACAUAUGGAUCAACUGUUCGUUCUGAGACAUUCCCUGAAAGCAAAAGAAAAGCUAUUUUGGAUGCUUUUGCAGAACUGCCACAACAUGUUAUAUGGAAAUGGGAAGCAGAGGAUUUGCCGGGAAAGCCCCCCAAUGUAAUGAUCCGCAGUUGGCUGCCGCAAUUUGACAUUCUCAGUCAUCCAAAUGUAAGAGUAUUUAUGACACAUGGAGGCUUGAUGGGUACUAUGGAAGCUAUAUACAAUGGUGUUCCCAUGCUAGCAAUGCCUCUAUUUGGAGAUCAGCCAAAUAAUGUUGCAGCCUGUGUGAAACGAGGAGUGAGUGUGGUAGUGCCCUACCAAAACAUUACAAAGGAAUCACUGCUGACAGCCCUGAAAACUCUGUUGAAUGACCAUGGAUAUAAAGAGCGGGCAAUGAAACUGUCUCGGGCAUUUAAAGAUACACCAAUGACACCUCUGGAUACUGCAGUGUUCUGGUCGGAAUAUGUCAUACGGCACAACGGUGCACCCUACCUGCGUUCAGCUGCAGUUGAUCUGCCCCGUUACCAGUACCUAUUGCUUGAUGUAACAGCACUUUUGCUACUUGGUACUGUUCUGUCUCUUGUUAUACUUGUAUUUUGUACAUGCAUUGUUAGGCACAGUUUUCAAAAACCACAGACAGAAAGCAAAACAAAAGGUAAAAAGAAGAAAGAUCAGUAGAUCUACAGUUUUGGUGGUGAUCAUUGAUGUAAUGACACUUACACGCACACACUACAGUUUAUCAGUUUUAUUUUGACCAUGUUUACCAACCACUUUUCAGAAUUACUAUCAGAGACAUCUCUGCAGAGUGACAAAUUGGCCCCUAACCAUGUCAUUUUAUUUUAGCUGAUGCUAUGACCAAGCCUUCAACCACCAAAUGGUCAGCAGUCUUAAAUAACCUUGGCAUCUAGUCCUGUGAUACGUUUAGUUUCCCAGCAUACAUGAAUUAUAAGAUACCCUGUAGGUGGCCAUAUGCAGUGUAUUUUGGAGACUGUUUGGCUCCCUUGAAUUUUCCUCCAAAAAAAAAAAAUGGUUUGAACCACAGCCUAUAUGCAGAUUAAUCAAUUUUGUGGACUUCACUACAACUCUGCACUUCAUUGGAAAAAGCAUUAUAUUUUAUUAAGAGAUCCAUUUUAGAAAAUGCCGUUGGUGUAACUCCUGAAAAUUUGUACUGUCAGAUGCUGAGAACAUGAAUGAUUGUGAAACCAUCUACCAAUUCACCAAAACAUGAUGAUAAUCCUUUCUAUACUACAUUCAUAAAUCUUGCAUAACUAUAUCUCAUGAUAAAAGUCUGAGACUACAUCAGUCAUGAUAAGAAUGUAGCCAGAAGGAUAUAUUGUGUCUCUUGCCUGGAUAACUCGGUAAAAACAUUGCAUGCAGAAGAAAUGGUUUUGGGUUACAGACCUGGUCUGGCACACAGUUUUAAUCAGCAAGAAAGUUUCAGAACAGUGCACACUCCACUGUAGAGUGAAAGAUUGAGUCUGGACAAAGCCAGAAAUGUAUACUAAAGUAGCACCAAAAUGAUGGUAUGGCAUUGAUAAAUUCACAAGAUGAUGAACUAAAUGGAGUUAGUUAACAUUCUAUUAAUACUUUUUUAUUACCAGUGGAGAGUCAACUGCAAUAUACAGUAGUUUGAAAUUACAUAUUUGCUCAUAUUCACAAUAAAUUAGGACAUCAUUUGCACUGAACUGCUCCAUGUACCUUGAACACUGAAACCAGUCAAUAAACAUUCAAGGAUAAUAUUAUCAUCAACAUAUGUUUUCUUCAAAUUACACUGAGAUUUCUGAAAAUAUGAAGUACAGAUAUCUUCAGCUGCCUUAUCCUCCUCAGUGCUGAGCUUACAUUUUGUGAAUGAAAAGUUUACAUUGAUGAUCAGUGCAUACUCAGAGAACCCAAUAUUAAACACUUACAGAGGAUGAGAACAAUGCCACAGUAGUGUGAAGGUAGAGGUCAUUGUCAAAUGUAGUCCCAAUGCUACAAUGAAAAAAUAUAUCACUGUAUUGUGCUGCAAUAAACAGUCACUUAUUCAACAGUGUAGUUGAAGAGUAAAGGAGACCAAUCUCCAAAUAGAAGUGUUGAGUCAUCGACAGGCACAAUCAAAAGAGAGAGAAACCUUGUUAGCUUUUGGAAGCAUGGAGGGAGGGAGAGGCAGUAGACAAGAGGGGUUGGCAGCAGGCAGGAAAAGGAGUUGGGGAUUGGUAAGUAGUGGCUUGGAGAGAGGCAGCUGGUUUUGUGGCAAGGAAUGUAGGAGGGAGAGGUGGCAGAUCCAAGGACUAGGCAUGUGAUGCACAGUUGCCAGGGCUGGUGGGGAGCAUUCAUGUUGGUGAUUCGGAGACAUGAAUUGGGAGAAGGUGGUUGGAGGAAUGAAUGGGAAGCUGUUGGAUGGAGAAUGUGGAUACAGUAGGGUAACAGUGAUUGAGCCCAGAAGGGUUACUGGACUGCAUGAUGUGUCCCAAGGAUAACUACCAUAUGCAUACUUCAGAAAAGCUGGUGAUUAAGGGAAGGAUCCAAUUGGCCACCACCAGGUUUUCUCAAUCACAUGGCUGGGAGUUAUUCUUGCAACACAUUGUUUGCUCCAGUAAACCUCCUGGCCUCUUUCUCCAUUAACCCAUAGUCCCCAUACAUUUCACUCUCCAUUUUCCCCUUCAUUUCCCCUAUCAGAACCUCCCAAUUCAAGUCUCCAUGUCACCUCCAUCAUGUGCUGCUCACCAGCAGCUACAGCACAUGGCCAGCCUGUGCACUUGCCACCUUUCCCUCCCACAUUCCUUGUGUGUGUGUGUGUGUGUGUGUGUGUGUGUGUGUGUGUGUGUGUGUUUCACCAGAAAGCAUCUGUUCAGAGUUCAGAGAUCCAUCAGGUUUUCUUUCUCUUUUGUGUGCACCUGCCAGAAAAUCAAUGCUUUUGUUAUUCUGUGAGCAGUCUCCUUUACUCCUAAAUUAUUUACGUUCUUUUGCCAGAACUUCCCUCCUGCAUUUAUUCAAUGGUAUAGGUUUUAUUACUAUAUUAGAGCACAUGCAGAACACAUUCAGGCCCAAAAUUACUAAACGUGAACAAUAAUGACCUUCAUUUCUCAAAGACAUUCUGACACUGCAGUAAGCAGCUUUUUUUCUGCUGAUGCUGCCACCUAAUGGAAACAUUUAUAAACAAAAAUCAGUGAUCCACUGAAAGCAUGUGGUGUAACCAUUAUGCAACAAUCAUGCACAGUGAAUUUAGUCUAUUCCCAGAGAUAUAAAAAGAAAAUUUAUAUGUAGCACAGAUCAUAAGGAUGGAGGAGGCUGAAAUGCAAUGAUGAUUCACUAGAAGACAACACACAUGAAGAUAGAAAACCAACACUUAUGCAGUAUUUAAAAAAUUUAACAUGACUUUUAUAGUCAUCAGGAGGAGAAGGAAGGAAAAAGAAAAACAGAAUGGCAUCAUUAACUGCUACAUUGCAAAAUGUCAGUAAAUAUGCUGAAUUAAGAGCCCAAAAUCAUAGAAAAUAUUACUUGAAAGAGGUGUUACAAUUAAGAGUGUCUGUGAUAAUUUGAUAUUUUUAGUCAAAUGAGCCUAAAGGAAAAAGUUUUCAUCUGUUGUACUGAUGUAAAAUAGUUAGGAUGUAUUGCGGGUUAAGCAAUACAAUAAAAGCCCAUGCAUUUCAGCACUUUUAUGAGUUACCUUGCAGAGAACUAUAGAAAUAAUGCAUGCACUGCCAGAUGUAUAAUUUUCUUCUUAUACACACUGUAUAAAAAAUACAUUAACCAUAUAUAAUUUUAUUAAUUUUCUAAAUUGUUUCAAAACAACACUAUUUUCUUUUUUGAAAUCCAAAGAGACGAAGACUUAGGAGAUUACUACAGACUUUUGAAUUAAUGUAAUGCUGCUGUGAUAUAUGCGAACAUAUUGUACAAAAUAACAAUGUGCUUCAUGUAGUUUUCAUGUUCCUACUUCACUGAAAUGAUAUUUUUAAAUUGUGGUGUAACUUUUCUUACAGUGUUUCAAGUAAAAAAAUACAUUUUUCUGAUUCUUGUUUUUCA